AAUUGUUAUAUUUUAAGAAAAUUUAAAUUUCUUAUUAUAUUUGAUUAUUUAAACAUAGCCUAAAUACCGGUUAUUUGUAACUAAAUAAUUAUUAAUUAUUUUUAUUAUUUUAUAUAUUUUUAUUACAUUAUAAUAAACUUGCUAGAAUUAUAAAGAUCAUUUUUUUCCACAACUUAAAAAAAAUGGGAAAAGUUAGACGAUACAAAAAAAAAAUAGCUAAAGUUAAUUUAGCCGAAGAAAAAAUAACGCAAGUUACAGAAAAAACGGAUUACAUGCAAUUAGCUGAAGAACUGUUACGCAUGAAGAAAGAUAAUGAUAAAAUGAGUGUUUGUUCAGUUAUGAAAAGUGUUAAAUCUAGUAAUGGUGAAGAAUGCUUAAAACUGAAGAAAGAUGCUAAACGAUACUUAAAACAUGCAUUUUUAUUAAAGAGGCUUGAAAAAAAUCAGAAAGGAUUAAAAAAAAAUAAGAACAAUGAUAAUGAAGAUGAUGAUAGUUGUGAUGAUGAUAAUAGUUUUGGUAAUCAAAAAGUUUUAAAUUGGCCUACAGGAAAUAAGAAUGAAAUAUAUAUAGCACCAGCAAAAAAACUUCGAAAGGGCCAUCAGAAGAAAUUAAAUGCCCAGAUGGCAAAAGACUUGGUAUCAUUUUCUAAACAAAUUAAAAAGAAUGUCAAACAUCCAAGACAGAAUGCUUUAAAUGUUUUAAAUAACUGUAACAUGUAAUGAAAUUCUUCAAUAAAUUUUUUAUUAACAUGCAAUAAAAACCAUGAAAG